AUGUCGCAUCGUAAGUUCGAGAGGCCUCGCCACGGUUCGCUUGGAUUUCUGCCAAGGAAAAGGUGCAAAAGAUUGAGAGGAAAAAUCAGAUCCUUCCCAAAGGAUGACAAGGAGAAGCCCCCCCACUUUACGGCAUUCAUGGGCUACAAAGCUGGUAUGACCCACAUCGUAAGGGAAGUAGAUAAACCAGGUUCGAAAUUACACAAAAAGGAGAUUGUAGAAGCCUGUACCAUUAUCGAAUGUGCCCCAAUGGUUGUCGUUGGAAUGGUUGGAUAUAGAGAAACACCAAAGGGACUGAGAAUACUCACCACCGUAUGGGCAAACCACGUUUCCGACGAGUUCAGAAGAAGAUACUACAAAAACUGGUACAAGAGUGACAAGAAGGCAUUUACCAAAGCUUUGAUGGUGCCCAAGCUAACCAAGGAAAGUCUCUACAAGAGGAUAGAAAAAUACUGCACUGUGUUAAGAGCCGUUUGUCACACGCAACCAUCGAAGACGCCCUUAAGCAUGAAAAAGGCACACAUCAUGGAAAUCCAAAUUAAUGGAGGUGGCAUGAAAGCGAAAAUUGACUUUUUGAAAGAACUCAUGGAGAAAAAUUUACCCGUGUCGAAUGUAUUUAAUACGAAUGAAAUGAUCGACGUGAUUAGUGUGACUAAGGGACAUGGUACGAAAGGUGUGGUCAGCAGAUAUGGCGUGAAAAGAUUACCAAGAAAAACACACAGAGGAUUGAGGAAAGUUGCUUGUAUUGGUGCAUGGCAUCCUGCCAGGGUACAAUUUCAAGUACCCAGACAUGGACAAAAAGGCUAUUUCCACCGAACUGAAAGAAAUAAAAAAAUUUACAGAAUUGGCCUUAAGAAGGAUAAAAACAACGCGUCAACCGAUGCUGAUAUUACUGAGAAGAAAAUUACCCCCAUGGGUGGCUUCCCACAUUAUGGUGUGGUCAAUGAGGAUUUUAUCUUGCUGAAAGGUUGCGUUGCUGGUACGAAGAAGAGACCAAUCACGCUGCGAAAAACAUUGGUACCACAAGUGUCGAGAGAUGCCUUAGCGGAAAUUUCACUCAAAUUUAUCGACACAUCCUCCAAGAUUGGACAUGGAAGAUUCCAAACCAGUGAGGAAAAAACUAAGUACUAUGGACCUCUGAAGAAGGACUUGAAGGCUUAA